AUGGGCACAAGAGGGGACGAUGAAGACGUGCAACCUCUUCUCCACAAUGAGCCGGACAACAGCAAUCGCCCCGUCAAAAUACCGAUUGAUAGAACGGUGGUCAGAGAGAAGGCGAACACGAAAAUGCGGACGGCGAUUCUCGUUUGGCUCACCCUACAGAACUCAAUCCACACUUUGUUGAUACGAUACUCGAGAGCGAGAGAAGUCGAUGAGAUGUUCACAUCAACGGUAGCCGUUUUCUUAACAGAGAUUAUCAAACUCGUGAUGUGUCUAAUGAUGGUGAUAUAUGAAGAAACGCCGAGAAAGUUCUUCUCUACGCUUAACAGCCAAGUCAUUAAUCAACCUGGGGAUACAUUGAAGGUCUGCAUCCCGGCCAUGAUCUACACGGUGCAAAACAAUUUGUUUUACGUGGCCGCUAGUCAUUUGGAUGCUGCAACUUUUAUGAUAACAUCUCAAAUGAAAAUCUUUACGACUGCAAUCUUUUCGGUGAUCAUGUUGGGCCGGAGUCUUAACAAAGCACAAUGGGUUGCACUCUUCGUCCUUUUUGUCGGCGUUUCUUUGGUUCAAUCACAGACAUCGAAUGUUGGAAACAGUUCAAACGAUCAAAGCCCUGUAAUUGGUUUCACUGCUGUGAUCGUUGCUUGUUGCCUCUCAGGAUUUGCCGGAAUCUACUUUGAGAAGAUUCUUAAGGGAUCUGCCCCUGUGUCACUUUGGAUGCGCAACGUUCAAAUGAGUGUUUUUGCUAUUCCAGCUUCACUGAUUGCAGUGCUCGUGCAGGAUGGAGAUUUCGUUCGAGCGCACGGGAUGCUUUAUGGAUUCGAUUUCAUCGUUUGGCUCACCGUAUUCUGGUAUGGAAUUGGUGGACUUUCGGUGGCUGUUUGCAUCAAAUACGCCGACAACAUUGCCAAGAACUUUGCCACCUCGGUUGCCAUUCUCCUCGCCACACUUGGUUCGGUUUGGUUGUUCGGAUUCGUUCCCUCAUUGAUGUUCAUGCUUGGAGCGGCUCUCGUCAUUCUCUCGAUUUUCCUCUACUCGAAUCCGGCUCCAUUCAUUCAAAUUUUUUCCUCCGAAAAGACGAUCGACGGA